AUGAUUCACGGUGGUGCUUUGACACUUGUCAUUUUUGGACUAGCCGGCUUCCUCCUCUUCGCCGUUCGCAGCCAGGGGAAAUGCAGCAAAACCUGCAUUCAAGAGGAUUGCAACAGUGUCGCCAUUCGCUAUGGGAAGUAUUGUGGGAUAGGAUACUAUGGAUGUCGCGGAGAGGCACCUUGUGAUGAUCUUGAUGUUUGUUGUAUGACCCAUGACACUUGUGUUGGUUUAAAAGGUAUGACUUACGUUAACUGCCAUAUACAGUUCAAGCAUUGCGUAAACAAGCUUAACAAAACGAUAAAUCAAUCUACGGGACAAAAGGUUGGAUUUUCAAAACGAUGCCCUUAUAAGGUAGUGAUACCAACCGUAUACAAAGGAAUGGAUUACGGUAUUUUCUUCAGUAAGAUAGGUAAUAUCCUCAAACCGCCGGGGGUAGGAAGUGAGCCUGUUGUGGAGGCGAAUCUCGAUCAGAGUAAAGCGGAUACAAAGGAUGGCCUUGGAACAAACAAACCUAUUCAAAUACAAGAAGGCUCCAAAGUAUCUGCUUCUUUAAACUAA